GGUAGACCAGGCCAAUUUCCUUCAAAACCCCAACACAAAACCCUCUAACCCUGCGACGCCGUUUCCCCAUCUCUCUCUGUUCCUCACUCCUCCGCCGUCUGCUCCAUCGUCCAAAGAGACCGAAGCGUGCCUCGAGAUGGGGAAGACCGAAGAGAACGAUGCUCUUACAAAGAACAAACCUCCCACUGAAAAGGAUAUUUUAGCCGAGCUUGAGUUGAAAAUGAAAAAGUAUCUGAGAGGAGAAAGUGCUAAUUUGGAGGUUCUGAAGGAUAAAAAGCUGAAGGGUCAACUAGCUGUUAAAGAGCAGUUAUAUGGAAAAUCUGCACAAGCUGCUGCCAAGGCCGAGAAGUGGCUUAUGCCUAGUGAAGGAGGUUAUCUGGAGGCUGAAGGCUUGGAAAAGACAUGGAGGAUCAGACAGGAGACAAUAGCUCAUGAAGUAGAUAUCUCAAGCUCACGGAAACAGUAUGAUAUUAUUUUGCCAGAACUUGGUCCAUACACUCUGGAUUUUACUUCAAGUGGCCGGUAUAUGGCUGUGGGUGGUCGUAAGGGCCAUCUGGGAAUAGUGGACAUGAUAAAUCUGAGCCUAAUUAGAGAGCUUCAGGUAAGGGAAACAGUGCGUGAUGUGGUAUUCUUGCACAAUGAGCUCUUUUUCGCUGCUGCACAGAAAAAGUAUCCAUACAUCUAUAAUCGAGAAGGCACUGAGCUUCACUGCCUUAAGGAACAUGGUCCGGUGUUGAGGCUUCAGUUUCUGAAAAACCAUUUUCUCUUGGCUACACUCAAUAAGUUUGGGCAGCUUCGCUAUCAGGAUGUUACAAUGGGUUCAAUGGUUGGUAAUUUUCGAACUGGCUUAGGACGUACAGAUGUGAUGCAAGUAAACCCCUUCAAUGGAGUUGUUUCUUUAGGUCACUCAGGUGGUACUGUUACCAUGUGGAAGCCGACCAGUUCUGCUCCUCUUGUCAAGAUGCUAUGUCAUCAGGGGCCUGUUUCAGCGCUGGCAUUUCACUCAAAUGGCCACAUGAUGGCCACUGCAGGGAAAGAUAAAAAAAUCAAGCUUUGGGACUUAAGGAAAUUUGAGGUUCUUCAAACCUUACCUGGUCAUGCAAAUACUCUGGAUUUUAGUCAGAAGGGUUUACUUGCUUGCGGUAAUGGCUCAUUGAUCCAGGUUCUGCGAGAUGUUUCUGGUACACAAAAUUAUUCCAGGUACAUGACUCAUUCCAUGGUGAAAGGUUACCAGGUAGGAAAAUUAUUAUUUCGACCAUAUGAAGACGUUUUAGGUAUAGGGCAUUCCACGGGUUGGUCUAGUAUUCUUAUUCCAGGAGCUGGAGAACCCAACUUUGACUCAUGGGUUGCAAACCCGUUCGAAACUUCCAAACAGAGAAGAGAAAAGGAAAUACGGGCUCUACUUGAUAAGCUCCCCCCCGAGACUAUCAUGUUGGAUCCCAGCAAGAUUGGAACGGUGAAACCAAAAAGAGAGAAGCCAACAAAGCAAGAGAGGGAGGCUGAGGUGGAAGCUGCUGUUGAAGCUGCUAAGGGCAUGAAACUGAAGAAGAAAACAAAAGGAAGAAACAAGCCAGGUAAAAGGAUACAGAAAAAACAAGAGGCAGUUAGUAGAGUGAAGAGGCCCUACUUGGAGCAGAAAAUUCAAGAAGAGGAAAACAUGUCAAGAAAGAAGCAGAAAACUAGUGAGGGUGUUGAACUACCAAAAUCUUUACAACGGUUUGCUCGUAAAAAAGCAACAUCGUGAUCUAACUUUCAAGUAGCCUUGUAUUCUAUAUUACUGUUCUCCCUUUUAUCAUAAGCUUGUAUUUUUUGUUGCCCUUCAUAUUUGUAGCCCUUCAGCAUCGAAGUUGGUGUUUUUGUGCCCUUUGAGUAAAGGGCAUAUCCCAAUUUUGCCUCAGAGACCUCUUGAUUAGAAUUUUUUUAAUACUAAAAAAUCUUUACCUACACAAAAAA